GCCGGUUUUCUGGGCAUCGUACAUUCCGGAAGACGUCAAAGGGAAAGCCAAGAAGGAGAAUUAGAUGUAGUCGGUCAGUGACACAUCGACGCGUCGAAUCAUAAGAUUAUACAUUUGUUUAUUUUAAUCCCAGCGUAGUAAUCCUCUACGGAAAUUCCAACGUAGCUUUCCUGGACCAGCAGUCUCCUCCAAUGGCAGGCUUCCAGGCGCCGCUUCGGCCGCAGCCACCGUCUUCCGCUUCCCGCCACCAUUUCUCCUCCGGCGGGAACCUUAAUCUCGUUCUUCUCGCACUCCUGCCUCUCUCUCUCGCUCUCUUCGCUUUCCUCCUCCAAUGGCGGGGCGGAGGCUUAGAAUCCUUAGAUGAUCCAUUUUCCCGAUUUCAUAGUGAAUCACAUUCGUUUCCAGGCAUGGACGUCGGCGGCGACUAUCCUCGCUCUACUGCUGAUCAAUCUUCUGAUUGCUCCACUCUUCUGGCGCGCUCGAAUGCAGCAGAGUUCCCGCAUUUCAGAGACUGGAAGUUCAAGUUUGACGCUGAUCUUGAGCCCAAGAUAUGCAUUGCAACAAGUACCUCUGCUGGCUUGGAGCAAAUUCUUCCAUGGGUAUAUUAUCAUAAAGUUAUUAAGGUGUCGAAUUUUUUCCUUUUUGUUGAAGGGAAGGCUGCGUCUGCUCCAGUGUCCAAAGUUCUUGAAUCCUUACCGGGAGUGAAAGUGAUAUACCGAACCAAAGAGCUAGAAGAGCAACAAGCUAAAAGCCGGGCAUGGAAUGAAACUUGGUUGGUAGAUUUCUUUUACAAGCCUUGCAACUAUGAGCUUUUUGUGAAGCAAUCCCUAAACAUGGAGAUAGCCAUUGUUAUGGCAAGGGAAGCUGGCAUGGACUGGAUACUUCAUCUGGAUACUGAUGAAUUAAUGCAUCCAGCUGGUUCUCGGGAAUAUUCUUUGAGUCAGGUUUUGCAUGAGGUGCCUCUGAAGGUGGACAUGGUUAUCUUUUCCAACUAUGAGAGCUGUGUUGAACGAGAUGAUAUUAAGGACCCAUUCACAGAGGUAUCCAUGUUCAAGAAAAACUUUGACCAUUUGUCAGAAAGCACCUAUUUCAGCACGUAUGAAGUAGCAUCCCAUGACAAUCCAAACUAUUUUUUGACCUAUUCAAAUGGGAAAGCAGCUGCUCGAAUACAAGAGCAUCUCCGCCCCAAUGGUGCCCACAGAUGGUACAAUUACAAGAAAGAUCCAAAAGAGAUCAAAAUGCAAGAGGCAGCAGUCCUACAUUAUACAUAUGCCAAGUUCUCUGAUUUGACAUCUAGGCGAGAUCGAUGUCGUUGUAAACCAACUCAGGAGAAUGUCAAGAGAUGCUUUAUGUUGGAAUUUGACAGAGAUGCAUUUAUAAUUGCUUCAACUGCAACAGAAGAGGAGAUGCGAAACUGGUACAACGACCAUGUUGUAUGGAACAAUAGAACUAUCAAUCUUAAACUGCUGAAGAAGGGAGUUCUCACGCACAUCUACACUCCCAUGACAAUCAUUCAAAGUUUGAGGGAGUCUGGUCUAUUUGCAUCUGUUAUUGCUUCCGCCCAAGGAUCCACCGAGAGGCGCAAUUCCUUUGCAAGUACUGGAUCUCUAUUGCUUCGGACAAGAAAGUUCGGUAGACAUAAAAUGUAUCAGACCAAUAUCAAAUCUCAGGCAAAGGAAUCCUACAGUUUGUACAAAGCAGCAGUCCCGAGACUCUCUUCCCCGUUGCUUUACAACCGAAGCAUGAUGAUUGAUUGAUACAUUUACGUUUCUCGACAAGAGGAGAAUCUGGAGUUGUAUUUAAUUUAUUGUUUCUCCAGACGGCAUGAGAGAAGCAGGGGCAGACUUUUAUAGGGGUUGGGAAUGGAACAUGAUAUGUAUAGGAAUGUGUCUUAGUCAAUCAAAUUUUUGUUUUUCUGUA